AGGCUUGGUUGAGUGAUUUUCCCUAUUGAACACAUUCCACCAUUCAAUGAAAAUGAGCUCAACUAGCAGGAGACUCCUUCUCUUCUCCAAUUCUUCAAUGGCUGGUGAAGAAUACCUACAAUUCGCUUCCUCCUUGAUCAACCAAUUCAAAGAUGGAUGGGGAAUGUCCAAGGCUCUUUUCAUCCCAUAUGCAUUGAGGACUCAUGAAGACUAUACAGAAAAAGUGAAGAAGGCCUUUCAUCCCUUUGGGAUCGAAAUUGAGGGGAUCCACAAGGCCGAAGAUCCAGUCGCAGCAGUGCGAAGCGCCAAGGCCAUCUUUGUGGGAGGGGGGAACACCUUCCAGCUCCUCAAAGGCCUCUACGAUCAUAAACUCAUCGAUCCCAUCAGGAAAUCUGUCUUGCAGGAAGGAGUGCCCUACGUGGGGUGGAGCGCGGGGUCCAACGUGGCGACGGCGAGCAUCUGCACGACGAACGACAUGCCGAUCGUCCACCCGCCCAGCUUCCACGCCCUCGCCCUGGUGCCGUUCAAUAUCAACCCGCACUUCGUGGACGCCGACCCCAACUCGACGCACAUGGGGGAGACGAGGGAGCAGCGGAUCGAGCAAUACCACGAAAUCGAGGGGAUGCCGCCGGUGCUCGCACUGAGGGAAGGAUCCUUCCUCGAAGUCCACGACGACUCCGCCUUUCUGCGUGGACGCUCGGGUGCCAAACUGUUUCGCACAGGGAAGCCAGUAGAAGCAUUUGAACCAGAGGCGAACCUGAGUUUCCUCCUGGAGUCAUCAUGAAUCCUGGACCACUCCCUCAUGAGAAGAUGGACUUGGUGGACCAAAAGAAUUUUGCUUUAUUGCAGACGGAACAAAAACAAUGCAGAAAUCUUGAUUUGCCAAAAAAAAUGGCCAAUGAUUUGUCCCACAAUCCCC